AUGUUCCCGAGACUAAUCGUGAAGAAUAUAGAGAAGUUGAAGUACACGAAAAAACCAGUUAUUUACAAAUGUACGAGAUGCGGCAAGAGUUAUCAAUUAGAAACGUCCUUACGAAGACAUCAGAGAUCGGAAUGCGGCGUCGAGCCCAAACACGAAUGCCAGAUAUGCAGGAAAAAAUUCACAUAUAGAUUCAUGCUAACUCAUCAUUUAGCGUCAUGUGUGCUGGCUUCUAUGUUACUAUCGCAUGACAACAGCGAGUUGUCCUGGAAUCAACAGCGAUUCGAUGAGACAUACAAGACUUCUACAGCCAGGGCUUCUCGAAAGAAGAGCACGGACGGCAUUAAAUACGAGUGCAACAGGUGUGGAAAAACCUAUAAGGCCACGACCUCCUUGAGCCGACACAAGCGGCUCGAGUGCGGCGUCGUGCCUUGCGAAGUAUGCCCUAUCUGCGGUCGCAGAUUCAAACACAGAUUCGUUUUAAACGCGCAUGUCGUCGGCUGCGAGAGAAGAAAUUCCCCUACGAUGCUAAAAAAGGAUCGCUAUGAUUAA